GCAUUCCUCAGCCCCUCUAUGAGGGUCACAUGCCUCUAAUCUCUUUUGAAUUCAGAUGGGCUAUGAAAGAAUUCAUCAAUCAUUCUCAGGCAGCGGGGAUUAAAGGGAAGCAGCUUGUGUCAGCUCUUCAGUGCACUGUACUCACUUCAUGGGAAUCUGAUGCUGGGAUAGAGUCUGGGACAGAGUCGUGGCCAUUCAGUCUUUAGGGGUCAGGAGAAGCCGUGCCUGCUUCAGCACCCAGAGGAGAUACAGUGUGAGGAGGGAGAACCGAAUACUCAAUACUCACAGCUGUGCUGCUCAGUAAAGCGUCUCCCCGCACUCUCGUCAAAGGCUGCGCUCCGGUCUAUGAACUGACCCAGGGACACGAGAUGGCAAAUCCUGUGACCUCAGCCUGUUGUGUUAUUCUGGCAGCGAUGAUGAUGAUGAUGGUAUCGGCUCAGCGACGUGGCCAGGAAGUCAAGCCAAAAUCUCGCCCCCUGUUGACAGAUUAUUUGUUUCAAGAGCGGCUUCAGUCCCAGCGAGCAGGCAGGAGUUCCCAGAGAGAACCCCAUAUCCAGUACGAGCAGACGGGCUCUGACGCCAUUCUACGCUGUGGGACGGUGGAUCAGGACGCUGCAGUUACGUGGACUGUAAAUGGGACAGAUAUUGAGAACCCACAUCUGAACGGCUCCUCUUUGCUUCUGCAUAAUGUCAACUUGUCUCACAGCGGCUACUACUCGUGCUUUGAGGGCUCCUCCUGGAAGCUGUGGCAUCAGACCAAUCUCCGGGUGGGCAACCCUCCCAGGGAACCUGUACUCAUGUGUCGAUCCAACAACUACCCGGCAUCAUUCUACUGCAGCUGGCACCUCCCUUUCCCUACCUUCAUCCCCAAUACCUUCAACAUCACAGUCAUACACGACUCGAAGCAGCUGUACUGUGAGAAGGACCCAUUCCCCAAAAACAGGUGCCACAUCAAAUACAGCCGCCUGUUCUCUACCCAGAAGUACCAGGUGACCGUGGUGGUGACCAACGCACUGGGGAAGAACUCAACUAGCAUCAGUUUUGAUGAGUUCUCCAUAGUGAAGCCGGACCCACCGGAGAAUGUGGUGGCUAAGCCGGUACACAAUAACCCGCGCAGGCUGGAAGUCACUUGGCAGAUCCCGUCUACUUGGCCAGAUGCAGAUUCCUUUCCACUCAAGUUCUUCCUGCGCUAUAGGCCUCUUAUCCUUGACCAAUGGCAGCACGUGGAGCUGUCGGAAGGAACAUCGCACACCAUCACGGACGCCUACGCAGGGAAGGAGUACAUCAUCCAGGUGGCAGCGAAAGACUACGAGAUUGGCACGUGGAGCGACUGGAGUGUGGCCACAUACGCCACCCCAUGGACAGAGGAGCCCAAGUACAUCACCACAGAGUCCCAGAAGACAGAAACAACAACAAGAAUCACAACCACAACCACCACCACUUACGUGGUGCCGCCAUCUACCAAGGUCUGUGAGCCGGAGUCUGUUAUAGGUUCCACAGUCCGACUUUCGUGGCUCCCUGCACUGUUAUUGGCUCCUGUUGGCAUUUUGAUUAUGUGAUGCAUUUCCGCAAAAGAAAGAAUUUCGAUAUUUUUUUCUCUAUUUUGCACAUGUUACGGAGGAAGCAAAUUGUUUGCAUUUUAUCUUCAUUUUUUUUUUUUUUUUUUCUUUGAUGGACAAGUCCAAUGACAUUAAGGUUGGCUCCGCCUAGGGAAUAGGGAAAACAAAUUUAAGGAAAAAAUUGAAAAAAAAAAAAAAUUGUAAAAAAAAGUUGAAGAAACUCAACGUUACCAUAAAACGUGGAUCUGUCGCGGGAAGCGCCUGCCAAACAAGGAGAGCUUUACGGAAAGUUUCCGGAACAAAUUCACAUCUCGCACAGCAUGUUGGUGGGAGGCUGGACAAAGUUCAUUUUGCUAUCGGAAAAACGUUAGGGGGGCGGGGGUUGAAUUAAAGGAAUUAAGAUGAAGGAAUUGGAAUCAAAAUGAAGGGGCCGCUAAGAUCGUCAUAGAUCAUACAGCUAUACCGUCAUGCCAAAGACAGCUUUCUUUCCCACAAUGCUGUGCUUCCCAAGACACACCCCCCAACACUUCUCACUUUUGCUAAAACAAAAACACCCAGAGCAAAGCAUUCUGGGAUACUCUGAGCCACACUUCAUUUGCUCUAUAAUAGGAAAGAUCUUUCUUUAGGGGCAACUUUUUUUUUUUUUUUUCCUUUUUUGAUCGUUUUCAGGUUUUUUUUAUUUUUUAUUUGGAGCAGAAUGUUUUGAGAACUUUCGUAAACUUUCUUAUGAUACUGUACAUCGAUUUGAUACCACAAUAACACACGGAUUGUAUUGUUUGGCUAAGAAUGGGUUUGUAGUCAAGCAAACGCUGGGAAUUUCUUCCAAAAUGAGAAUUAUGUUCCAGCGUGGAGAUAAAAAUGUAAAAAUAAAAAAAAAAAAGAUUCUGGAGAGAUAAACAUUUUUAUUACACUGAACAGUCGGAGAUUUAUUGUGAAACUCCCAGCAGAGACCUCUCCAACAAGGGUUCAUCAGCAGAAACCCGUGGAUUCCUGGAGGCAGAGACAACUCCUUCACUGUACAGCUGUUUCAAGCAGAAAUGUCGCAUUCUCAUCUAUUUUUGAUGUUUUUGGGUUUUCCCUCCGUUAUAUUUGACUCUGGUGAUAUUCCGAUUGGGAACAUUUUGUUGGUCGGGGUUCAGUCUGACAGUUGUAAACUCAAUAGCAAAAGAGUUGAUGGUUUGCAGAUAGCGCCAAAAUUCUGUCGAAAUUUCCGGUAAAAUAGGGCUCUAAUAUGAAAAAGUUGUGAAAUUUUCUAGCAUGGUGUUUCAAACUCAAGAGGAGGUAGAUUUAACUUCAUAUUGACAAUGAAUAUGGCGGCCUGACUUCUCCCGAAGCGGUUACACCACUUUCUUGCGUCACACUCUUCCUCUUUGGCUGAGAAUGUUGGGCCAAACCAGCACAAAAUAAAUGUCUAUUAUAUGCGAUACUAUCCCAUUAUUCAUUCAUAACAUUUUGGGGCUGAUUUAUUAAAAUUCGAGUUCGAAUUGAGUUCGAGAAUCGAGUUCUCCAUGAUUUCGGUUUUCACGGUGAAUAAAUGCAACUGAGAUCAAUUUAAAAUCUGAAUUUUUCAAACUUGAAUUUUCAACAAUUAUCAAACCAAAAAAACUUGAAACCCUGAGUGGAAAAAAAUCUAUCGGAUAAAAGCGGAAGAGCUUCUUUAAUCAGUGGGAGGUCUAUUUUCAAUAUUCAGACGAUUUUAAAAUUUGAGCCUACAAGGGGAAAAAAAAGUAAGAUUUUGCCGACUCCUUGAAAAUGAAUAAUGAUUUAGAGUUUUUUUGUAUUUCUUAUUUGACUUUCUUUGAAAAUAUGUGGGCAAUCAAGAUUUUUUUUUUCUAUAAAAGUAGAUUUUUGGCAAAAAUUUGAAUUUUUUUAGAUUUUUUUAAAUCUGCCUCCCCAUUUUUGUUUUGCUGCUUCAAAACCUUAUUCAAUAAAAUGACAGAUCAGCAUGGUUUAUGGCAUUUUAAACCAAGAAAAAAAAAUAUUUCUCUAAAUUCAAUUAUUACAUGUAAUUAUCAUUUACUGGGUUAGCAUGAAAA